CCCGCAGGAACUCCUGGGUACUUUUCCCCACCGUUUGCGCUGCUGAACACAAUGCCAUUCAUGCUGCCACGGGGCGAAAACAGGCGAAGCGCCUGCUCUGUUAACCCAACAAUGUGGAGAACAUGCAGUAUUUUUUGCGCAUGGAGUCUACUGUUUUUGGCAGAGGUCUGUGCGCAGACUCAGCAGAGACCAACCUUCACAUGCGGCGGAAACAUCACAGGGGAUACUGGAGUAAUCGGGAGCCAGGGGUACCCAGGAGUUUACCCUCCAAAUACCAAAUGUGUGUGGAGAAUCACAGUCCCUGAGGGUAAGGUGGUGGUCCUGUCAUUCCGCUUUAUUGACUUGGAGAGCGACAACCUGUGCCGCUACGACUAUGUUGAUGUUUACAGCGGGCAUGCCAAUGGGCAGAGACUCGGUCGCUUCUGUGGGACAUUCAAGCCAGGAGCCCUGGUUUCCACGGGCAACAAGAUGCUCCUGCAGAUGGUAUCUGAUGCCAACACCGCUGGGAGUGGCUUCCUGGCUGUUUUCUCUGCUGCCCACCCGCAUGAGAGAGGGGACCAGUACUGUGGAGGCAGAUUGGACAAGCCCUCUGGGACUUUCAAAACCCCCAACUGGCCUGAGAAGGACUACCCAGCUGGAGUCACCUGCUCCUGGCACAUAGUGGCACCAAAGAACCAGAUUAUUGAAGUCAAGUUUGAGAAGUUUGACGUGGAAAGAGAUAACUACUGCCGCUAUGAUCACGUCUCCAUUUUCAACGGGGCAGAAAUCAACGAUGCUAAGAGGAUUGGCAAAUACUGCGGAGACAGCCCCCCAGCGCCUGUGUUCUCCGAGGGGAACCAGCUCCUUAUCCAGUUCCUGUCUGAUCUCAGUCUAACCGCAGACGGCUUCAUUGGACAUUACAAGUUCAGACCAAAGAAAUUCCCCACCACCACGAUACCACCCACCACUACCACACAACCAGUCACCACCAGGCCCAUACCUCUGAAGUACUCUGUCGCCCUGUGCCAGCAGAAAUGCAAAAGACGGGGAACACUUGAGAGCAAUUACUGCUCCAGCAAUUUUGUAAUAACCGGGACUGUCAUCACGGCGGUGAUGAGAGGAGGAAGUAUGUACGCCACUGUCUCCAUUAUCAACGUGUAUAAAGAAGGCACUCUGGCAAUCCAGCAGGCAGGAAAGACCAUGAGCACCAAGAUCAUUAUCUUGUGCAAGAAGUGCCCAUUUGUCAGAAGAGGCUUGAACUACAUCUUCAUGGGCCAGGUGGACGAGGAGGGCCGGGGGAAAAUCGCCCCUCAGCACUUCGUCAUGGCGUUUAAGACAAAGAACCAGAAAGUACUCAGCGUUCUGAAAAACAAGCGGUGCUGAGCUCCAGUAGCUCUGCGGACUGGUGUGCCUGAGGCUCAGCUGUGGAUGGAAACAAUUAAGCAAAACUCUCAACAACAUAAACACAGGUCACAAAAAAAACCAAAUCUGGAAACACAAAACUCAAAUCGACAUUUUCAUUCAAUUAAGGGAAACUCAGAUUUUUGUAUUUAUUAAUUCUGCUGAGGACUGCGGGGUUUAAGGAUAAACAAGAUGAAAUUAAGACCUUCCAGUCUGUCUUCUAUUAAACAACCUAGUCUUUUUUGCAACCUCAGAUUAAUCAGUGACAAAAUCAGUUGAAAUUUCCAUCCCUAUCCUCAGCCCAUUCACACUCCGCUUAGUCACAUUCCUGUCAUAUCCCUAGCAGGGAAUUAUACUGUAGCCAGUAACAGGAGCCCAGAAUAUGGUGUGUAGCAAUUCGCAGACUCGUGGUUCAUAAGACAAAACAUUAAUCAGAUUGUUUAAAAUUUUCAGUCUGUACAUCUUUUCUGAAAUCCUAUGAUGGCACCAUUAAUAUAAAAAUAUAUUUCUAUAUUUUGCCUGUCAAUUUUAUUUUCCUUUGAGGCUAUAGAGUGCAAUAUAAGUUUAGCUCAUUAAACAACAAUAUCUGGCAGAAUAAUCUUAAUAUCUCAAUAAUUAUAAUAUCUCAAACCUCACUGGUAUUCAAAGGGGAUUUGUUACAGCUGUUGUAGGUUUAAUUAUGAUGUUAGCAACCUGCCGAUAAUUUUGACGGUGUUCGAUUUUACUGGGCAGGGUUUGUAAGUUUUAAAUGUGGUGAUUGAAGUGCAAUAUUUAAUAUAUACAUGAUUCUUUUAAAAAGAUUUUUAUGCUGGUUUUAUGUGAAACAAACAAGGACCUUCCUAGCUAAAGCUCUUUUCUUUAGUUUGUUUACAGAUGCAAAGCACCGCCAUCGGCAUACUUCAUUUACUUACUGUCAUUGUUUUUAAAGGAAGAGGUGUGAAAUGAAAAGUAUUUUCAUAUGAAAAAGUCUGUGAAUAUUAUUUAUAUUUUAUUGUUUUCAUCUGCCCAAAUAAAACUCCUGUAACAAUU